AUGGCUACGUAUCAUCAACACGGACGUGGCGGAAAGCGGCUGACCGAAAGACGUGCACGUCGUUCAACGACGGAUGAGGAAUGCUCGGAUUUUGAAACCAAAAUGGCUGAAAAGUUAGCACACAUGGGAAGGAGAAUAAAAGAAGAUGAAAGCAAAAAUAAAGAACUACUUGAGAAACUAAAUCAUUUGGAGCAGUCUCUCAUGCCUGUGCCAAAUAGGCCCGAAAUACCGACAACACCAAUUGAUGUCAUUGAUAUGGAAACUUAUGAAGGCGGCCAACUUUUGGAGUCAACCAGAGAUUCAGAAAAUACCGCCACCUCCUUACAACCAUCUGAAUCUAUAUCUGAUAAUGACUUAGCUCCACCCAAGGAGGAUUCCAGUUCAGCUGUAGAUCCACCAUGGGAACUGGCAAAGUCAGACAUCAUAACGCAAAAGAUAAUUCAGUUUAAGAGAAAAGUGGGCGGGACCUACAGGCUCCUCCCACUUUUUCUCACAAUUCUCACAGAAACAGAUGUUAAUCGACAAAUUUUCUCUAUCACCAAUAUACAAAGUAUCCCGGUCAGUAUUGAAAGGUUCCGAGGCGGGCAAAAUCCAAUCCAGUGUUACAACUGCCAAGAAUUUGGACACAGUCAAAGAUCAUGUAAUUCACCAUCAAGAUGUGUUAAGUGCGCCGCCAAACACCGAUCAUACGAGUGCCAAAAAGAUGAAAAUACACCACCUAAGUGCAGUAACUGCGGAGACUCUCAUACAGCCAACUACACGGGGUGCAGAGCCCGUCCCCGCAGGAGGGGAACACGUGCCAUACCACCACCAACAACAGGACUUGCUCAAAGGUUGGUUACAAUAAUUAAAGAAUUGCAAGAACUUUUAAAAAAUCAAGAAGUGCUUCAACUGCUUCAGAGGAUUAUGGGGGAAGCCACUCUUGCACAGUAA